GUAGUAUCCGUCGGAGAGGGGGCGGAGGCCCAGAGGGUGCAGCACGUGGGGGUUGGUUCCCGAGUGGGGCUCGAGUGUCGUGGAGUUUGGCUCUCUGUUGGGUUUGGAACCGUGGAGAUGCGGAAGGAAACUCCACCCCCGGUCGUGCCCCCGGCGGCCCGCGAGUGGAACCUUCCCCCAAAUGCGCCCGCCUGUAUGGAACGGCAGUUGGAGGCUGCACGGUACCGAUCUGAUGGGUCACUUCUGCUAGGGGCCUCCAGCCUCAGUGGUCGCUGUUGGGCCGGCUCCCUCUGGUUUUUCAAGGACCCGUGUUCGGCCCCCAACGAAGGCUUCUGUUCCGCUGGAGUCCAGACUGAGGCCGGAGUGGCUGACCUCACUUGGGUAGGGGACAAAGGUAUUCUAGUGGCUUCUGAUUCAGGUGCUGUUGAAUUGUGGGAACUAGAUGAGAAUGAGACACUUAUUGUUAGCAAGUUCUGCAAGUAUGAGCAUGAUGACAUUGUGUCUACCGUCAGUGUCCUGAGCUCUGGCACACAAGCUGUCAGUGGCAGCAAAGACUUCUGUAUCAAGAUUUGGGACCUGGCCCAACAGAUGGUGAUGAGCUCAUACCGAGCACAUGCCGGACAGGUCACCCGUGUUGCUGCCUCUCCCCACCAGGACUCUGUAUUUCUUUCAUGCAGUGAGGACAGUAGAAUUUUACUGUGGGAUACUCGCUGUCCCAAGCCAGCAUCACAGAUGGGCUGCAAUGCCUCUGACUACCUUCCUACCUCCCUGGCUUGGCACCCUCAGCAGAGGGAAGUCUUUGUGUUUGGUGAUGAGAAUGGGACUGUUUCCCUUGUGGACACCAAGAAUGCAAGCUGUACCCUCAGCUCAACUGUACACUCCCAAUGUGUCACUGGGCUAGUGUUCUCCCCCCACAGUGUUCCCUUCCUAGCCUCCCUCAGUGAAGACUGCUCACUUGCUGUACUGGACUCGGACCUUUCUGAAGUGUUUAGAAGCCGAGCCCACAGAGACUUUGUGAGAGAUGCUACUUGGUCCCCGCUCAAUCACUCCCUUCUUACCACAGUGGGCUGGGACCAUCAAGUCAUUCACCAUAUUGUGCCCUUAGAGCCUCUUCCAACUCCUGGACCUGAGAGUGUUGCUGAAUAGAUUGGAUUUCAGAGCCAAAGCAGCCCUCUACCCACGAGAGCCACUCCUUUGUCCUACCUUCAGUUUGAGACAACACAGGAGUCUAAUAGAGCAUGUUGACACUAGUCUGUGUGGUUAAUAGGCAUUGUCUCUCAGCUUCAGGGAGGCUGGAUCCUGCAUCCUACAGCAACUAGGAAGAGAAAUUUUCUUGAAAAUGGACAAGUAGGUCUGCCUGAGUAUAUGUGUGUAGAUGCUUUUGGUUGGGGUAGGGGAUAAAAAUCCUUCAACUUCCCCCAAAAGUGACCAAAGGCUUUUAUGCUUCCUUUGUCUGAGGACUUGGCUGUCUGGGUGGGCCAUGGGGUGUUAGCACCCCUGAGCUACUGACUACUCAAGAGAGAGGGACAACCUCUAUUAUUUUUUAAUGGAAUUCGGUUGAUCAGUAUGGGAAGUGCUUCCCUUCACGGAAACCAGCCGAGCCUGCCUUGCAGGACACACCACAGUUUGGAGCUAAUCACUCUUACUAAACUGAAGCAAGCCCAUUUCGUGGAUGAAUGGAUUUGGUUAGUGCCAAUGUAGCGCCUGGUUCCCUCUGCCCCUCCCCUCCUUCAUGGUAUGCGUAUGUGAGAUGCGAGUGUUUUUCUGUCAUAGAUUUUACAGAGAAAACAGGGAUGAUGAAGAACUUGAAGGCAUUUUAAUGAAGUCAAAAAAUUGACAUGGACUGUUACAGAGAGAUCUUGGUCUCUUCUCACCUAAAGAUAGCCUGGGGUCUGACCUGCCCCUGGGCUCCUUUCUCUGGAUAUAGGAUAGUUGAAUGCUAUAUCUGGGGACUGCUAAGAUUUUGAGAUCCAUCAUCAAGGAGAGACUCAGAAGUAACUGGUUGGUGAAAUAAAGAUGUUAUCCAUGUUGGUUUGUUUUUAAA